CGCGGCACGGUGGGAACAACUGCCGGUGUUUACCGGCGAUGAAAAUGAGCCAGGUUGUUUUUACUGAAACCACAACCAGAACUCUCUAGGAACCCUCUAAAUGGAGAUGGCGUAUUUCAAGAACAAUUUUUGGGGAGAGAAGAAUGCAGGUUUUGACGUUCUCUACCACAACAUGAAGCAUGGACAGCUCGCCGCCAAAGAGUUGGCUGAGUUCGUGCGCGAGAGGGCAGCUAUUGAGGAGACUUACUCAAAAUCCAUGAGCAAGCUCGCUAAGAUGGCUAGCAAUGGAAGCCCUCUCGGCACGUUCGCCCCCAUGUGGGACGUGUUUCGCGUGUCCUCGGACAAACUGGCCCUCUGCCACCUGGAGCUCAUGAAGAAGAUGAACGACCUCAUUCGUGACAUCAACAAGUACAGUGAGGAGCAGGUCAAAAUUCACCGCAAGACAAAAGAGGAAGUGAUCGGGACUCUGGAGUCAGUGCAGUCUCUUCAGGUGCAGAACGGCCACCUGCAGAAGGCCAGAGAAGGCUAUCACAGCAAGUGUACAGAGUUGGAGAGACUGCGCAAAGAAGGAGUGCCUCAGAAAGAGCUGGAAAAGGCUGAGCUGAAAUCUAAGAAGGCAGCUGAGUCUUUUGCAGGGUCUAUUGAGAAGUUUAACCGUGCUGGAAGAGACUUUGAACAGAAAAUGAGUGAAUCAGCACAGAAAUUUCAGGACAUUGAGGAGGCUCAUUUACGUCAGAUGAAACUACUGAUCAAAGCGUAUUCACACUCCAUUGAAGACACACACGUACAGGUUGGGCAGGUCCAUGAGGAAUUCAAGCAGAACGUGGAGAACAUUGGCAUUGAGAACCUCAUUCAGAAGUUUACAGAGCAGAAGGGAACAGGAAAGGAGAGACCCGGUCCAGUAGGGUUCGAGGAAUACCUGUCCCCACUAGUAUCUGAGAACAGUAAAAAGAGUCGUGCUAAAGCCUUCAGGAUCCCUGGACUGGGAAAGAAAGACAAGGAACCAGAUUCAACGGAUUCAGCUGUGGCAGAUGCACUUAACUCGCCACUCGAAGUGGACGACGAAGGCUUUGUGAUACGGGCAGAUGUCAACCAGAAUGGUUGUGCUGCUGAGGAGAAGGAGGGAAAUUUUUACUCCAGCGACUCGGAUUUCGAUGAUGAUGAGCCCAAGAAGUUUCACAUCAAGAUCCGACCGGUUGCCAGCAGUAACCGUAGCAACUCAGCAGCCAAUGAACUGGAGCUGAAGGCCACGGUGGGGGCGUUGACCCUGCCCCCUAACAGAGCGGUGUCAGUAAAGAAGCAGCUCUCGAGAAACUCCAGUUCAGCAGGUCGAUCUGAAGGGGAAGGGGAAAGUGUUCCCCAGAGAGAUGGAGAACAGGAGGGUCUGCGCAGAUCCACGUCCAGCCCAGAUCACAGCAGGCUGAUCUCCACAGCAUCCGGUUCGGACGCUUUGUUUGGACCUCCUCUGGAGUCGACCUUUAAGUCCCACAGCUUUGCUGGCAGAGAGCAGCUCCAGAACGCCUUUGCUGCGUCUGAAUAUGCAGCAUUCUCUUCUGAUUCAUCCUCUCCUGAGAAUGUGGAGGAUUCCGGACUGGAUUCCCCUUCCCAUCAGCCCCUUGGGGCUUCCCCAGAGCCCACCGGUUGGGCAGCCUGGCCAUCCACUCAAUCUCAAUCUAAAGACUCUGUAAACUUGAGCCGAUCGUCUGACCCCUUCCUCGCUGCGUUUCGCGACCCCUCCCCCGGUCGAUCUCCUCUUCCGCAGGACGGCGCCACAAAUGCCUGGCCUUCCAAUCUACGUUCUCCAUGUGCCCCAACCGACGUCGAGCCCACCACCUUCAGCUUCCCGGCCUUCUCCCACAACCUGGCAUCUUCAGAACUGGAGCCCUCUGUGUGGAGCUGUAAACACAUUCCUCCAGAAGACCCCUUCCUGGAUGCUUUCGAAUGCUCCGCCCCCAAAGACAACCUGCCUCCACCUGAUGCCUGGGCCCCGCCUCCCCCUCGGCCCACCAGGGACGGCAGGGGCAUGGAAGGCCGCACCGAUCCCUUUUCCAUCUCUCUGAAUGACACUAAAACCCUCCCUCCCCCAUCCUCCUCUCGCAAAGACCGAGACCGAAAGAGAGAACGUAGCGUCCCACCUCCAGAGUCCCCAGAUGAUCCAUUCGCUAUUACUAUGAUCGGUAGUCCAACGCACCAAUCGUCGCUGGCGGAAGGCAGAGCCAGUAGUAAUACGACGCCCAGUCCUAACCCCGCCCCCAGUUCUCAGCCGAAGAAAGAGCUGGUGCACUGGAACUCGGUGCAUAACCCUUUCAGUGAGGGCACUACAAAUAACACUGUCAAACAGGAGUCCACCAGAAAACAGAGAUCUUUUAAUGACGAGCCUCGUAGGAACGGACCGCCGCUCACACGGCAUUCUGGGCCACAGGAGGACCUCUGCUUCUCUACAGACAAGGACCAGAACUUCCUGGAUGUUAACACACAACCAGUCUCCCAGCAUGGUUUCAGGCAGGACAGCUCUGAGCGUCUGGCACUGGCUCCCCCUCGGUCGGUUCGGUCCAAGCGCUCCUCAGGCAGACUCAGUGGCUGUGAGCGGUCUAGGUCCCUGUGCUCGUCUCCUCUGCCUGAACCCAGUCCCCCCCUCACCUCCUCAUCCUCCUCCAGCCCCAGCGAAUGGGGGGCGCAGAACCGCGGUCCCAGCCCAGCCCGAGGUUUGUCUCGAGGGCCCAGUCCCAUUUCUCUGAGCACUCAGGAGUCUUGGCCUGUAGCCGCAGCCAUCACAGAGUACAUCAACGCCUACUUCAAAGGAGGAGAACACAACCGCUGUCUGGUUAAGAUCACCGGCGACCUCACUAUGUCUUUUCCUGCUGGCAUCAUUCGCAUUUUCACCGCCAACCCCAACGCACCAGUAUUAAGCUUCAGAUUGGUGAACAUCUCUCGAGUGGACCACUUCUUACCCAACCAGAAGUUACUCUACAGCGACCCGUCACAGAGUGACCCGGACACCAAGGAUUUCUGGUUCAACAUGCCGGCCUUGACACUCCACCUGCAGAGAGAGGCAGAGCUCAACCCGCAGGCCUCCUAUUACAAUGUGGCUCUUCUGAAAUACCAGGCGUCCUCUCAGGAUCCGGGUCGUGCGCCCCUCCUGCUGUCGGCCGAGUGUCAGCGCAGUGGAACAGUGACCCGUGUGUCUCUGGAUUACCACUGCUGUCCCGCAACCGCCCCCGCCACCCAGCUGACCUCCGUACAAGCGCUGCUGCCCCUCGAUCACACCGCCACCGACCUGCAGUGCCAGCCGCCCGCUUCCUGGAACACAGAGGAAAGACGACUCCUAUGGAAAUUGUCCAACCUCUCUCCAACAAAUCACAGCAAAGGGUCUGGCACGCUGUGCGCCAGUUGGCAGUGCCUGGAGGUGCCCCGCGGUCCUCCCCCGAGCCUGGCUGUGCAGUUUGUGGGAUCGGGGGCGUCUCUCUCAGGCCUGGACGUGGAGCUGGUGGCCAGCCGCUACCGCAUGUCGCUGGUGAAGAAGAGGUUUGCCACAGGAAAAUACAUGGCUGCAUGUUCUUUGUGAGCAGUGAUGGUGACUGCUUCACUACCAGAGGCACAACGUUUGCACUUUUGAACCCCCCUGGGCUGCUGGAACUGUCCACAUGCUACAGGCCUGAAGAGGAGAGAUCAUAUUGUAAAUACAGUGUGAGAAAUCGCUAAUACCCAUGAUGCAUUGCUCUAGGACAAGUAUGCCCUGGAAUUAGGGACCACAACCAGCCUCUACUUUUAUUUGUAUAGAAUUGUUUGUUCAGUGCGCAAGCCACACGUUUAUUUCAAGUUUGAAGAACUGGAUGUACAUUUCUUCUCAUUUUUAGUGCAAAUCCGUGAAGGAGUAAGUAUGAAGAUAUAUAAUGGAUAUAAAGUUCUGAUAUUUACAGAAUGUAUGUAUGUGGAGUAUUCAAGAAAGGUUUAAUAUGGAAAAGGAGUCUAUUUGUGUCAGUCAUUACACAACAAGCAAGUGGUUUACACAAAUUUAUUACACUUUUUACCAGUACAAAAUACAGUCGAACUAAGCGGUUGAGGUUAAAUAAAGAAUUUUUUUAAAGACACAAAAAUAAGGUAUCGAUAUAGUAGUGAGAAGAAUUGCAUUUACCUCCAUAAAAAUAAUCCAUAGCAAGAAGCUUUAAAACAGCCUUAAAAAAAAUUGAUGAGCAAAUUCCCUUCCCAAAAGCACACAACAGGCAAAGAACCAUGACAGGCGUUAAAGUCACAACCAACCACAGUGAGAACACAUCCGCCAAUCACUUCUCAGAACAAACACAAAGCUAGCAGAAAUGAAGUUUAUCUUUGUAAAUAGCAGAGAGGGACAUGUAGGGACCCAUUACGGGCCGCUACCAGGCACCAGUAAAGAUCCCGACCGGCUUCAGCACAACAUCGUCAAAAACAAUUACAACCGGAUCCUGAAAACGAAAGAAUUUCCAGCUUUAUGUCAGCACAUCGUUUCCAUUACAAGCGUGUACAGCACCAGGUGAUGAGGCGGAUCUGUAAGAAGCUGCAUAUUCUGUUACUAAACGUGUCUAUUUUGGGUUUUCUACUUCUUCUAGAAAAUGUCGCUUUUACAUUUUUUGCAUUAACAUUUACACAAUAUCUACUUAAAUAUGUAAAGGGAGUUCUUUUAAGCGUUCUUUAAAAAUAAAAAAAAGCUUGUAUGUUCGUUUUGAAUAAAAACGACAAGAACUAUUCACAUAACCUGUUGAGUGCACACUCACUUCCAGUUACUUUAGAAGGCCUUGUGUACAGACGCACGCUCACACACAGGUACGUUCAAUAUAUCAAGUCAACUAAGCUCUUUUUAACCACUGCAAACAACUAAGAACUCGUCAAGUAACUACAAAACUAGACCAAAAAGUUUCACAAACCAGUUUUGAUGGGUUCAUCUAAAACGGAGCAAUCUCCUUCAAUACAGUAGGUGUAUGUACAUCCCGAAGCUUUCGGACGAGAACGGGCCGCUUUCAGGGCAACAAACCCAGGCGAAUAAUCUCUUAUAGUGAUUUUUAUAAAACGUAAUAAAAGUCAGACAUUCAUUCGUUAGAACUAAAAACUGUUGAGGUAUAGACUAGGCAUCUCAUAUGGCCGGGGUUUAUCUACAAAACGGCUUUGCAUGUGCAGCAGGUUGGGGUCGACGAGCGGGCAGCUUUGGGGCCAGCAGGUUGCAUCUACGCCUGAGGAAACGGCCGAGGCAGAAAGUCUAAAAUGUGACCAUCUUUAAAAGGUGCUUUAGACAUCUGAGGUUCUGAGACGAUACAUUCAUUCUGUGGUUAGAGGCACGGCCGAGGGAACGACAGAACGAGAGAAAAUCAAAGAGAAAGAGAGACAGUUCUGCUCUAGUGUUUCUUUUCUCAUCUAAGGCACUGAAAGAAGACUAUGGCACAUGAAAAAAAA